GGUUGGUGCGGGAGACAGUUUCAGUGAGUGUGGAGACUCAGAGGAGAUUCCAUGUGCCUUGACAACGGCUCAUGAGUGUGGCUCGCACUGAGGCCGUAGAAGAAAAAGAUCAGUUCGCGAAAUAAGAGUGAUAGAGCAGCAGAAAAGAGAGAGAAGAAAAUUACAUACGUCAAUCCUUUUUUGUUUGACAGUAUUACAAAUGUGAAUUGUGUUGCAAGCUGAAUAUCUAGUGACAGCUUGCUUUGUCAUGUAAAGUUGAAAAGUAACUUUACCAAAACCGAAUAGAAAGAUUCAAAUAGCUCGUUUGGAAGCUGAGGAAGCCUCGCGCCGGAAGGAACCCUCUAUUUCGCAGAGGAUAACACUGCCAUGUGACCCGACCUUCUGCGUCAUCAGGAGGUCUCAGAGGUCAGCAAGGAGGCGUUGACCUACAAAAGACACCGAAGGGAUCGAGGGACACGUCGCCGAGAUCCUCUUUUCAAACUUCGCCCUCCAAUUUCUCGGUCUAAUCUGUCCUGAACUUGAACUUGUAAUACGGACUGAUAAAAGCCCUUCGUUAUCAGUGUGAUUUAAGAAGGAAAGAUUGCACACAAAGGCGUGACGUCAGCAGGAACAAUAUGGCCUCGUGACCUUAGCAGGACCUAGCGCCUUUCCUCCGGACCUCGAAGGAAAGUUCCCUCGCCCUCCAAGCCAGAGAAAACCCACAGCAGAUCCUCCUCCUCGAGAUGGACUCCAUCUGGUCCACUCGGCGCUACGUGCCCGUCACCGUCGACAUCGACCUCCUGACGGUGAAGGGCAAGAAGAUCCUCAAGUCCGUGAAGACCAAGAGGGGGAAGCCCCAGCAGAACCCCAGCCUCCAGCAGUGCCUGCAGAAGCACCCUCAGCUGCACGUGCAGGUGGACCCGACGGAGGGACAGCCGCUGAAACACAACUGCAUCGACCACCACCCAGUCGUCAAGCCUGUAUCGGCUGGCAUGCCUCGUCGGCGCCCUCUGCAGGUGGAGUUCAACGAUGUGAGCCUCACCGUAGGCAAGACGCCCAUCCUGAACCGGCUGACGGGGAGCUGCCGGCCGGGUGAGGUCCUGGCCAUCAUGGGGCCCUCAGGUUCUGGCAAGACCUCCCUACUCAACACCAUCAGCGGACGUCUACGAGCAACCAGUGGGACUAUCACCAUAGGAGGGGAACCUCUCAGCAAACGCCAUAAACGUCAUAUGUGCUAUGUACUUCAACAAGAUGUGUUCUUCACUGACCUCACACUUAGACAAACGCUUAUGUACACUGCCCUUCUACGACUGCCAGACAGUAUGCCAUACCAGGAGAAAAUGAAUCACGUGGACCACAUCCUGGACAUCCUAGACCUUAAACGCUGUCAAGAUACAAUUAUUGGCAACAUGCUAAAGAGAGGUCUUUCCGGGGGAGAAAAGAAGCGAGCUAACAUUGCCUGUGAACUUCUUACCAACCCUUCCAUUAUGCUUCUAGAUGAACCUACUUCUGGCCUAGACUCCAGCACAGCCUAUAAUCUAAUUACAACACUUAAACAGUUUGCCGAGAAAGAGAACAAAACAGUUAUUUUGACUCUUCACCAGCCCUCUUCACAAAUCUUUUACAUGCUUGACAGCUUGCUCCUCCUCUGCAAUGGACAGAAUGCUUACUUUGGGGACACAAGAAAAGUUGUUGAACAUUUUUCAAGAAUAGGAUUACCAAUUGCUCCUCACUACAACCCUGCAGACUUCAUAUUGGAAGUUGUAAAAGGUUCACCAGAAGUACAAGAAAGAGUUAUUCAGGGUGCCAAUUGUCCUGAACGAGGAACUACCUUCAACUUGUCGCAAAACAUUACUAUUCAAACCUCGCCUUCCAUCCACUCACUCUACAGCAAGUACUUAUCAUUACAAGAUGGUCAUACAACUACAGGUGUAGAAGGGGAGGAAUGUCCAUGGGAUGAGGAUUGCAAUUGCCAAGACCAGGGUUACCAUGCAAAGUGUCCAGCAGAGGUGUCAGUCACAAUUACUGGAAGCAAGAAGGAGACAUCAGUCUUUACUAAAAUGGGUGAGGAAGAGGAUAGUGGGAGAUCUUCGUGGUCAGAAGAGACAGAGAGUGAAGCCUCAGCGUCUAGUUCAUCAAGUGAGGAAUAUGUAGACAGGCAGUGGCCAACUUCCUUCCUCACACAGUUCAAAGUACUUACUCAAAGGAACUUCUGUGUGGCUCGUCCAUUCAUCCUUUCUCGACUCCACUGGAUCCAAACACUAGGUUUAGCGUUAAUAGCUGGUCUACUGUGGUUCCAAGCACCACGCACAGAAGAGGCUCUGCACGAUAUCCAAGGCUGGAUGUUCUUCUCCACAACCUAUUGGAUGCUGUUCAUGCUCUUUGCUGCUCUCCAGUCUUUCCCAAGUGAGAGAGAAGUUAUAAUGAAGGAACGGGCAAGUGGAUCAUACCGGGUUAGUGCAUACUACCUUGCCAAGAUGGUGGGGGAGUUGCCGUUAACCUUCACAUUGCCCACGUUCUACAUGCUCAUAUCCUAUCCCAUGAUGGGAGGGACACAUGUCUUAACAUUCAUCAAACAUCUCAUUGUGCUCCUUCUCAAUACCUUAGUUGCUCAGAGUAUGGGUCUCCUCAUAGGAGCCAUAUGCAUGGACUUACAAGUAGGCAUCACAGUGUCUGCGUUGUUUACACUCUUCUCGCAGUUAUUUGGGGGUUACUUAGCUAACAAGAUUCCCCCCUGGCUCAGCUGGGCUAAAUACCUUUCAAUGGUCCAUUAUGCCUUCCAAAACAUGAAUAUUAUAGAGUUUUCGGAUGGAACUCCAGUCAGUUGCUCGUUGGAAAACUCAAGAUUCAAGAGCUGCGGCUUCAACAAAAGUUAUAUUGAAGUGUCAGAGAUCCUGGACGAAAGAGGACAGACUCUGCCUCUGUGGCUCAACACAACGAUCCUUAUUAUGUUCAUGUUAUCAGCAAGACUUCUAACAUACCUCAUGCUCAGAUUCCUCCACCGGCUAAAAUAGCGUGAAGAAGGAUUAGGAAAAUUAUGUUCCAUUUGCGAUUAUACAUUUGAAAUGCGUUCAUAUCAUGAAAUGUGAAUUAAGAUAACAGAGGUGGUCUGAACUGAUUCAACUAAAAAAAGAAAAACAUAUAAACAUAUACAGUCAGUGAUUUCUGCGCCCCCCAGAAAAGCUAUACAUAGAGAUUAAAAGUUGGAAAAGAAAUAAAGAUCUUCAGAUUUAUCAGUUAGACGAAGCAAGAAUGAAUUAAUGGUGCGGCAGGGGCAACCGUAUUGCCUCAGUGCUGAACGCCUUGCCCAACAGUACUUCGUUCCCACUGCCCGCAUCUGCUUCCAAACAAAGGAAAUGGAAGAGAUAUUAGACAGCAUUUAUAUUACUUUCAGCAUUAUCCAGUCCAUAGAUUUUUAGAUUGUUAAUAUAUAUAUAUAUAUGUGUGUAUAUAUAUAUAUGAGUUGCCAAUCUUUCUUUUGUAAGUUUUUUUUUUAUGGAAUCUUGUGAUAUACUCAAGGGUCUUCGAUAGCAUACCUUCCUGGCUGUUAAAUGUGUUUGGGAAAAGGAAAAUAGAGAGAGAAAAUAUAUAGGAACACACACACACACACACACACACACACACACACACACACACACACACACACAC